AAACGAAAAAGAUUAUUUGCAUAGGCUGUGGCUAGGUCUCAAUUAAGACUUAACCAAGUCUCAGUCAAGUGCCAUAGUAUAUAAGAAGAAAAACUGAAAAACUAAAAAGAAAAAAAAUGCAUGGGUCUUCAUGCAAUGCAAGAUUAAACGAAUAUAGCAUCGAAGUCUCAGUCGACUAGGACUUAGCAAUAUUGAUUUGAAUAUAUCAUAUAUGAAGAGUGGCCGCACUAACUCAGUUUUUUUUUCUGAUUUUUUUACUUCCUGACAAUGUAGGUGGCAAAGUAGAGAUUGAUCAAUAUACUUGCACCAGUUUGGAUUAAUCAACUCGUAAAAUGUUUGAAGUUGCAAGUGCAGCGAAUAAAUAAGUUACAUGCAUGAUGCAUGUGUGCAUGAAGGAGAAAUUGGUAGAAUUCCAACCGCUUUCCCCGCCAUUUUCCUCUCCUCUCCUCUCCUCUCCUCUCCUCUGCUUUGCACAGCCCCGCGAGGACGAGGGCCACAGGCAGACCACGAGCACCGCCAAAUCCCAACGUACCAAAACAAGGAAUCGAUCACCCCGGCAUGGCUCCGCUCCUGCGGCUGCUGGCCGGCGUGGCCGCGCUGCUACUCGCCGUGGGCGUGUCCCCGGCGAGCUCCGCCGUGGACCUCGGCGUGAACUGGGGAUCGCAGUGCACGCACCAGCUGGACCCCUCCGAGGUGGUCAAGAUGCUCAAGGCCAACGGGAUCAUGAAGGUGAAGCUGUUCGACGCGGACCCCUGGCCCGUCGGCGCGCUGCUCGACUCCGGCAUCGAGGUCAUGCUCGGCAUCCCCAACGACAUGCUGGAGGCGAUGACCAGCUACGGCAACGCCGAGGACUGGGUGGCGGAGAACGCCACCAGCUACGGGGACAGGCUCAAGCUCCGCUACGUGGCCGUGGGGAACGAGCCCUUCCUCAAGAGCUACAACGGCAGCUUCAUGGAGAACACCGUGCCGGCGCUCAAGAACAUCCAGAAGGCGCUGGACGAGGCCGGGAUCGGCGACAAGGUCAAGGCCACCGUGCCGCUCAACGCCGACGUCUACGUCGGCGACAAGCCCUCCGAGGGCAAGUUCCGGCCCGACAUCGACGACGUCAUGACCGACAUGGUCAAGUUCAUGCACGACCACGGCGCGCCCUUCGUCGUCAACAUCUACCCCUUCCUCAGCCUCUACCAGAGCGACAACUUCCCCUUCGAGUUCGCCUUCUUCGACGGCGGCCGCAGCAUCCAGGACAACGGCGGCGUCAGCUACUCCAACGUGUUCGACGCCAACUACGACACGCUGGUGAGCGCGCUCAAGAAGGCCGGCGUGCCCAGCCUCAAGGUCGUCGUCGGCGAGAUCGGCUGGCCCACCGACGGCAACAAGAACGCCAACCCCAAGCUCGCGCGCCGCUUCUACGACGGCCUCCUCAAGAAGCUGGCCAAGAACGAGGGCACCCACCUCCGGCCGGGCAAGAUGGACGUCUACCUCUUCGGCCUCUUCGACGAGGACAUGAAGAGCAUCGCGCCGGGCAACUUCGAGCGCCACUGGGGCAUCCUCACCUACGACGGCAAGCCCAAGUUCAGCAUGGACCUGUCGGGGCAAGGGAACGACAGGCGGCUCGCCGCCGUGUCCGGCGUGGAGUACCUGCCCAAGCAGUGGUGCGUGUUCGACGACGAGGCCGCCAAGGACGAGGACAUGGACAAGCUGGGGGGGAACAUCCAGUACGCCUGCGCCAGCGGCGACUGCACGGCGCUGGGCUACGGCUGCUCCUGCAACGGGCUCGACGAGAUGAGCAACAUCUCCUACGCAUUCAACAUGUACUUCCAGAUGCAGGACCAGGACGUGCGCGCCUGCGACUUCGACGGCCUCGCCAAGAUCUCCGACAAGAACGCCUCCACCAAGACCUGCCUCUUCCCGGUGCAGAUCAUCAGCGCCGCCACCGUCCCGGCACGCCGAUGGCCCGCGUCGUCGCUGCUGCUGGCCUUGGUGGUCGCGCAUGCUCUCGUGUCAUGACGACGGGUUCUAUCAUGUAGACAUCGGAGGAGGAAAUCGGAUGAUUAAUUUGUUCCAGUAUCUUUUUCCUUAGAAAUCUCCACUAUUAUUAAAAGAGCCAACAAGGGGCAGACGAAAACUGCCCUCCCACGUUCGGCCAAAAGAAAAACGAAAAUGUUAACGCCCACACGUGUGGGCGUUGACUAUCUCAACCACACGCAUCCAUCACCGUCCAGUAUUAUAUGCAUGAAUCUUGACACAACCUGGCUGAUUUUCUAUGCCAUGUAGGACAAGGCGUGUGUGUGGUGUGUGACAUAGUUCACGCACACAUCCGUUUUACCACACGGAGGGGCCGGUGUGUGGGCGUUUAGCAGUUCACCCACACACCAGUUUUCAGUCACGCACAAGGGCUGGUGUGUGGGCAUUUGCCAUCUCGCCCACACGCCCGUCUCCUCUCCCAUACGUUAGCUGCUAGUUGCCAUGUGUUUUUGCAGCGCACAUGGAAACUGCCUCUAGUGUGCUUUAUAAGCAGGUGGCAACUCUCUUUUUUUACCCGAGUUGCCAUGUGUUUUUGCAGGGUACACGGCAACUGUCUAGUGUGCACGUAAGCAUAUGGCAACUGUCUUUUACCGAGUUGCCAUGUGUUUUUGCAUGGUACAUGGCAACUGCCCCAACG